UAGUAUGAUACUCUCAGGAAAAAAAGAAAAAUGAAAAAGUAGAAAUGAAAGUAAAUAUUGAAGGCGGUGGAGGGAAAAUUAUUAAUAAUAUAAUACAAUAAUAAUUAAAGCUGUUGAAGGCGGCGAAGAAUCCAUAGAGGUUGAAACCAUUCCACAACCCUAGCGGCUAGCUCGCUCGGUCAAUUCAUUCUUCUCUUUCUCUUCUGUUGAGUCACUCCGUGAUAACCAUAAGGCAGAGCAUAGCGUAGCAUAGCACAGUUUUCAGUUUCUGUGAUGGCUGGUCAACGAAGUUCUUACGGUAAACGCUCCCACUCCCAAUCGGAUUCCGACGCCGGCAACAAAAACAAACGCCGCAACCCUGCCGCCGAUGAUUCCUUCCUCAUCAACGCCGAUGACACCGUCUACCGCUACCUCUGCCCCAUCCGCAAGAUCGGAAGUGUCAUCGGCCGCGGCGGCGACAUCGUGAAGCAGCUUCGCGCUGACACAAGAGCCAAGAUCCGCAUCGGCGACUCGCUACCUGGAUGUGACGACCGAGUCGUCACCAUCUACAGUUCCUCCGACGAGACCAACCGCUUCGAUGACACAGCAGAUCUCGUCUCGCCCGCACAGGACGCGUUGUUUAGAGUUCACCAGAGAGUAAUCGCCGAAGACACGCGCAGCGACGAUGACAACGAUGAAGAAAACGAGGAAAGGAACCACGUCACUGCGAGGCUUCUCGUGCCGUCCGAUCAGAUUGGGUGCGUGAUCGGAAAAGGUGGCCAGAUUGUUCAGAGCAUCCGAAACGAAACCGGUGCGCAAAUUCGGAUCCUUAAGGAUGAUCGCUUGCCUCCUUGCGCCUUAAUCUCCGAUGAACUUGUUCAGAUUUCUGGUGAGGCUGCAGUUGUGAAGAAAGCUUUGUUUCAAAUUGCAUCAAGGCUUCAUGAUAAUCCGUCACGGUCUCAGCAUUUGCUUGCUUCUGCGGUUUCUGGUGUAUAUGCUGGUGGUGUAGCUCCUGCUGCUGGUGCUCCGAUUGUGGGAGUGGCUCCUUUUGUGGGUGCUUAUGGAGGGUAUAAAGGUGAUGCUGGUGACUGGUCACGGUCUCUGUAUUCUGCUCCGAGGGAUGAAGCAUCUUUGAAGGAGUUUUCAGCUCGGUUUGUUUGUCCAACUGGGAACAUUGGUGGUGUGAUAGGUAAGGGUGGUGCUAUAAUAAAUCAAAUUAGGCAGGAUUCUGGGGCAACCAUCAAAGUUGAUAGUUCAGCAACAGAAGGAGAUGACUGUUUAAUUAUCAUUUCAACAAAAGAGUUCUUUGAGGAUACUUUCUCUCCAACUAUAGAAGCUGCUGUGCGAUUGCAACCCCGGUGCAGUGAGAAACUUGAAAGAGAUUCGGGAAUAGUCUCUUUCACUACCCGUCUUCUGGUGCCAACCUCACGAAUUGGUUGCCUUAUUGGUAAAGGAGGGACAAUUAUAACUGAAAUGAGGAGGCUUACAAAAGCUAAUAUUCGCAUCCUGUCAAAGGAAAAUCUUCCUAAAAUUGCAUCUGGAGAUGAUGAAAUGGUGCAGAUUUCGGGGGACCUUGAUGUUGCCAAGGAUGCUCUUGUGCAAGUACUUACCCGGUUGAGAGCAAAUCUUUUUGAUAAGGAGCGUGCCGUCUCAUCAUUCCUUCCAGUACUGCCAUAUCUUCCUGCUUCAGUGGACGGAUCAGAUGGUAUGAACUAUGACAGUAGAGAUGGUAAACGACAUGGACGUGGUGGUGGACAUUCAUAUUCAGGUGGGUAUGGAGGCUCAAGUGAUUUGGCAUCUGGUGACGGUUAUGGAAGCUAUGGAAGUUCACAGCUUGGUAGCAGUGGUGCUUACGGAAGUUAUUCUUUGGGACGGAGUAGUGCUUCUGGGUCGUCUACUCAGAAUGGUGUUUCUCGUAGGAGAAACCAUGCUUACUAAAACUUGAUGGGUCCCUGCAGCUGAGUUCUGUGAAGCCUGCAGCCUACUGCCUAAACCGGAAGACCAGAUGAACCAGGGUUUGACAAACUCAUGGCCCACCUUGAUGCUUCUACCUAGAGCACCAAACAUGUGGAGACUAUUGAAAUUGGCCAUGUCCACUUUACCUUAUUUCCCAAGCUUGAUAACUAAUGCUCCCACAAGAACCUAUAAAGCCGGCUUGCCUUUUCGGCUGCUUUUUGAUUCCUGUUCAGUUGUCUUAAGAUUUAAAACACCAUGUAGCAUGAUCCUUUGGCAGUUGUACCUAUAUUUUUAUUUGGGUUUUGUUUUCCUGAUAGUUCAUUGUUACUUGCAAGUAUGGACUUCUGUAGUUAUUUGAAUUUAAAUGAUGUUGGUUCUGAUAAGUUGACCUAUUAGUCUUUAUACAUCAAAAUUUGGUAGAGCUUUUGUGUCAUAUUGCAGGUGUCAAUAUCUUCCUAUAUCAUAAGCAAGGGUAAGCUGCAUUGUUUGACUGUGAAAUUCAUAUCUAUGGAUGUAGUUUUGAGUACUUCAGAUGUGAUGAAUUAAAGGUAUAGAAUCUGUCAUACAUGCAGUUGAUUAUGCUAUUGAAGCUCAUAGUCGAACAAUUUCUUGGCUAAGGUAAUGCAUUUGGAGGCAUUUAAAAUCUUUGGUGAUUCAAAAAUUGAUAAUAUCCUAUUUCUUGCCCCUUUUUUGUGUUGCUCGAAUAGUGCAUGCUUGGUCUUUUCUGUUUUUAAAACUCUAGACCCAGUGCAUGGGAGCUUAAUU